AUGUCAGCGCGACUACCGGGGCUGAGCGCCAUGCGCUCAACUUCGACUUCUGUCCUCUCCUUCCUCCGCCCCUUCUCGUCCACCACCGCUGUCGCGCAGCCGCCGCGAGAGACUCGUCCACCAGCUCGGUCAUCCACACCGUCGUCGACGAGCCGCCUCCAAUCCAUCAACAAGGACCGCAUGUCUGUCGGUGGCGGAGCCAAGGGCCGCAGCGCCGCCGCCAGCACAAUGCACCGUCUCGGCCAGUCCUACAAGGAGCGUGCGGCCGUAGGUCUCCUUGAGAAACAGAGCCAGAUUGACUUUCUCAAGCAUCGCAAAAUUUCAAAAGACUACCUUCGGCAAAUGCCCCGUCGAUGGGUGCCCGGUGACGUCUACUCGCCACACGAUUUGAGCCCUCGCGAAAUGGACAAGUGGCGCAAAAAGAACCAGCGCCAGGUUGAUGUCGUGGAUCUCUUCGGUCUGCGCCCACUGGACAUGUACAAGAAUUUCUCUCUCAUUCAGGCGUUUACGACUAGCUCCGGUCAGAUUAAGCAUUCCAAGGAGACUGCUCUGCGACCCGUCAACCAGCGCAAGGUUGCCAAGAUGAUUCGCAGAAUCCAAGGCAUGGGCCUGUACCCGACGAUUCACGACCACCCCGAACUCAUUCGCUCGGAUUUUUAUCAUCCUGAGCAACGCAGAGGUUAA